UACGCUCACAAGUGUUUGAGUAUUUGAGGCAGAGCGACGAUCACCAUGGCCGACCAGCAAGCGAUCCUGUGGAGUUCGCUCCUUGUAGGCACCAGUGUGGCGGUUGUAGUAGUGGGGCUCAACGCAGUUUUAAGUGGCGUGUGCCGCUCUCCGUGGGAAGCAGUGUCACUCGUGGCGAAGAUUUCAGUAGCAAUCGUGUGGACGGUUGUACACUUUAUAUCUCGAGGAUUCCGACCGCGGUUCCCCAAGUGGACACUGCGCUUCGAGAUCUUCCGUGCUGCGAUUCGAACGGUCAACGAGCUGUACGGGGAGCGUAUGGUAAAGGACGCUCGUCAUGCUCAGAUCAUCCGGGCUCAGAGCGAGGCAAUCGGCUCAGUUCUCGGCUGGUUCUACUGCCGAUGGUACGGCCGAUCCAUGGAGAGUAUCGAAUUCAACGGGUUAGAACACUUGUGGCUUCGACCGAAAACUACCCAAAAGAACAACGCUAAGCGGCUGGUGGUCAUGUAUGUCCAUGGUGGAGCGUUUUCACUACUGAGUCCAAGGUUUUACAGCUUCUACGGUGUAUCACUGGGAGCGGCGAUCGAGAGGGAGUUUGUCACGCUUAACAGCAAUGCACAACUUGACGUUUUCCUGGCUAAUUACCACAAGACGCCGGAGUUCUGCUUCCCCAAACAACCUGAAGAUAUUGUACAAGUUUACAAGUAUCUCCUGACUCAGGAAGGUCUAUCACCUAACCAAGUGAUCCUGGCUGGGGACAGCGCUGGAGGAGGCCUCGCCAUGUCAGCUUUGCUUCGUCUACGUGACUCCAGCGCCAAUCUACUGCCACUUGCGGCUAUUGUAUCAGGUCCAUUCGUUGAUCUGAGUGGAAGUGUCGACCCAGCAAGCGGUCAAAACUGCAUUCUCACUCGCAGUACCGCUGAAGCCGCUCGUGUUGUGUACCAUCCGACGUGUUCGGACCAAUCGACAUGGGCUGAUGCUUCACCGGUGCAUUGCCAUCUCAGUGGACUCCCACCAGUAUUCAUCCAAGCUGCUACGCUGGAUUAUCUUUAUCAAGACUCCGUACGCCUUAAAGAGAAAGCGAAAGCUGAUGGCGUCCAAGACUGGGAAAUGGAUGUAAACGAAGAAGUACCUCACGUGUUCUCGUUGUUUCCUUCGUGGAUAUUACCUUAUAGUAAAGUGGGCAUUCGUAAGAUGGCUGCAUUUGCAGCCGAGCAAUUCCAAAGAACUGAGUAACGUCGUUAAUAAAAAGCUUGUAUUAAAAAAAA